AUGGCACCGAAUGCACCGAAGCGAAAAAUAGAUGUCGUGGAUCUUACUCAGAGCAGCGACGCAGAAGAUAGUUUCGAGAGCUCGCUUGGCUCUCAACCACGUAAAGCGCCCCGUGCUGCCGAGGCAGCCUCCCAAGCGAGCAAGAACAGCCAUCCGGUGUACAGACCAUCUGCUACUCAACCAUCAGGUCGGUACUCUCCAAAUAAGGCAGGCCAGAGAUACGCAGGGCAAUCCAAGGCUCCAUAUGCGACACCUCCGUCGUCAAGCCAACAGUCUCCAGGUCAAUCUUUUUCUCACUCAAGCUAUGCUCAGGCGCCGUACACUCCCAAUCCAGGGAUAAUAACUGGGAAGAAGACGUACGAAGAUGCCAGCACUCGCAAUAAUUGGAUGGAUGAAGAAGAGGUACGAGGCGAGAUCGACCUCACUUUGGACGAGGAUGAUGAUGACGCCUACCACGAUUUCGAGCUCUACGGAAUCUUCAACACGAAGAUUGUGGGCGUUAGGUACUAUACUGGUCGCGCAACACUCGGUGAGUAUGUUGUGGUGAAGCGAGAACCGCGAAAUCCGUACGAUUCGAAUGCUAUUCGCAUCAGCAAUGUUAUGGGUGAUCAGAUUGGGCACCUCAACCGUCAGACUGCGGCGAGGCUAGCUCCUCUAAUGGAUUCAAAGGCGCUGCUCAUUGAGGGCGCUCUGACAGGGCCGAAAGGCACAUACGAUUGUCCAAUCGGGCUUAAACUUUUUGGCACCAGAGAUCCGGUUGCCGGUGCAGCCUUGAAGCAGCAGAUGAUUGCUCUUAACCUGCCUGUGGCUGAGCACAAUCGUGCCGAAGCAGAAAGGAAGAGGAAGCAAAAGGAACGGGAGGAGGCAUUGAAAGAGGCGCGCAAGGCAAAUAGCAACAGUCUCAGAAAGGGUACUAAUACGAUGCAAAUCGAUGCUGGUUCGUCACGAUACGCGAAUCUUAAUAUGCCAGGAGCUGGUGAACCAACGCAAAGUUUAGCACAGGUCAUGGAAACUGCUCAGAACUACAAUCCCAGAGAGGUGCAAGACGUGGUAAACAAAUUUGGAGCUGGAGAAGAUGUGCUCUCUGCGAUGCCAAUGGCAGAUCAGCCUGCGAGAUUGAAGACUCAACUACUGCCAUACCAGCGUCAAGGUCUGAAAUGGAUGCAGAGCAAAGAGUCGUGCACCCUACCUCCAACAACUUCGUCUGACGUGGUUCAAUUGUGGAAACGACAGCAGAAUGGCUACUUGAACAUUGCCACGAACUUCUUCACUGGUAGUGCUCCGACGCUAGCCAAAGGCGGCAUCCUUGCAGAUGAUAUGGGACUUGGGAAAACUAUUCAGGUCAUCUCUCUGAUCAUGUCUGACGAUUUCCGUGCUGGCAGGCCAACUCUGAUCGUGGCACCGCUCAGUGUAAUGAGCAACUGGAGUACCCAGGCUGAGAGACACGUUCAACCUGAUCAUUUACCCAAGGUUCUCAUCUACCACGGCGCCUCCAAAGGUGAUCUGAAGGAGGCAGAUUUCGCCAAGUACGACAUCGUCAUCACCACAUAUCAAACCAUGGCCCUCGAGCUUUUCCCAUACGGUGCAUCAAAGCCGAUCCAUACUCCAGCAGCCAAAGGACUAUUUUCCACCUCUUGGCGACGAAUUGUACUUGAUGAAGGUCACCAGAUCCGCAAUCCUAAAGCCAAAAUGGCGCAAGCUGCAUGUGCUAUUCGGGCUGACGCUCGCUGGAUAUUGACUGGGACCCCCAUUGUCAACAAUCUGAAGGAUCUCUACUCACAUGUUAAAUUCUUGCGACUGACUGGUGGCUUGGAACAACUUGACAUCUUCAAUGGUACGCUGAUCCGCCCGUUGAAGAGCGGGGAUCCAAACGCCACUGUUCUACUACAAGCACUGAUGUCUACUAUCUGUCUUCGUCGGAUGAAAGACAUGAAGUUUAUCGAUCUGAGGUUGCCAGAAUUGGUGUCUCAUAAAUACCCGAUCAAAUUCCAUUCGCAUGAACGCGAGAAAUACGAUGCCUUCAGUGCUCAAGCCAAAGGCCUUGUCGAUCAGAUGAAACACAACGAAGGUAAUAACAAGACUUUUACAAAUCUGCUCGAAGUCCUCCUGCGGAUGCGCCAAUGCUGCAACCACUGGAAGCUGUGCGGCGAAGAUCGAGUCAACCGCAUCUUAGCUCUUGUUGAAGAGAACAAGGUGGUCGAUGUCCAGAACCAGGCAAACCGCAGAGCGCUACAGGACGUCCUGCAACUGAAAAUCGACAGCCAAGAAGAAUGUCCCAUCUGCAUGGACUCGUUCAAAGACCCCAUGAUCACCGCCUGCGCCCACGUCUUCUGCAACGGAUGCGUCGAACGCGUCAUCCAAGAACAGCACAAAUGCCCCAUGUGUCGCAACGAGCUACCAGACAUCACCUCGCUCGUGCCACCUGCCGCCGGCUUCGGCGAAGGCGAUAAUGAAGAAGAGAUAGACAUCGACCCCAACAUCACCUCUAGCAAGAUCGAAGCCCUCAUCAAAAUCCUCAAAGCUUCGCAGAAUGCCAAGGACACUAAGACGGUGGUGUUUAGCCAAUGGACUUCCUUCCUCGACGUCGUGCAGACCCAGCUCCAAACCCACAACCUGCCCUUCACCCGCCUCGACGGCAAAAUGCCCGCCUCCCGCCGCGACACCGCCAUCCGCGCCCUCGACACAGACCCGGACUGCAAAAUCAUGCUCGCAUCCCUCUCCGUCUGCAGCGUCGGUCUCAAUCUAGUGAGUGCAAAUCAGGUCAUACUGGCCGAUUCGUGGUGGGCCCCCGCAAUCGAAGAUCAGGCUGUUGAUCGCGUGCAUCGGUUGGGACAGAAGAGGAAAUGUACCGUUAUGCGGUUGGUGAUGGAGGGGAGUGUGGAGGAGGAGGUUUUGGAGGUUCAAGCACGGAAGAGGAAGUUGAUGGGGCAGGCUUUUGGCGAGGAGGAGGGGAGGGGCAGGAAGAGGAGGGGCGAGGAGCGGAGCGGCAGGUUGAGGGAUAUUGAGCAGCUCUUGAGAUAG